AUGGCAAUUCGACUGGAAGAUGGCACUAUUGAAAUUGUCGGCCGGAUUGACUUCCAAACCAAGAUCAACGGUCAGCGAGUAGAGCCUGGUGAGAUCUCGGCUCUUCUUCGUCAGCAAAGCUCGGUUCGUGCAGCAGUUGUAGUGGCUGCCACUGUUGAGCAAGAAAAGGCUCUCGUUGCUUGCAUUUCGCCGAGUGAUACAUCACUAUCCUGGCCUCGAGUUGUCUCCAGCCUCCGAACAGCGACAUUGGCUAGUCUCCCAUCCUAUAUGACGCCUGCAUACUGGAUGCCAUUCGACGACCUGCCGGUCAAUAGCAAUGGAAAGACGGAUGUGCUGCAACUUAGGAACCGAAUCCAAGCGAUGAAGCGUUCCGAUCUUAUUGGUGCCUCGAUGGAUACAGAGGAAGUUCAACGAGAACUCUCUAACAUGGAAAAAGUGCUCCAGCUGGCCUGGGCUAAGGUUCUUUCUCUUCCAUCUGAGGUUAUCACAAUCAAUCAGUCAUUCCUGGCGCUGGGAGGUGACUCACUCAAGGCCUUGCUUGUCAUUUCGGAAUUAUUGUCCCACAACUACCUCGCAGAGCUUGGUGAUAUGCUUCGCGCAGACUCCUUGGCUACAGCAGCGUCUUCCUUGACAUAUCAAGAAAAUGCAUCCGCAAACCAGGAUUCACCAACACCUUUCAGCUUGAUACCGGGCGAAACGGACGUGGAUCGGACAACAUUUGAGGACGCAUACCCUGCUACACCUUCCCAAGAAGGUAUCAUCUCAGCGCAUAACAGUGCAGGGGGAUAUGUGUAUCAUCGCGUGUUUGACAUCGAAGGGUACGACGUGUCUCGACUUCAGCAAGCGCUUCAGAUGGUGAUUAACAACAAUGCCAUCUAUCGAACUGGGUUCGUGGCGCACGGCACGGGGUUCUUGCAGAUGGUCCAUCGACAGUUUGAGCUACCUUGGGACAUUGUCAAUGAUACAGCUUCCAUCGAUUCCUAUGUAUCACAGGUUCGGAAGCAAGAGAUGGACAUCGCUCAACCUCUUGUUCGUGCAGCCAUCCUGAAUGGUCACAUCCUCGUGGUCAUCAUGCACCACGUGUUGUUUGAUUUCUGGUCAUCCAAAGUUCUCGUCCAAGAUGCUGCAGCCAUCUAUAAUAAUCAGACUGUGGCUUCUCGGUUGUCAUUCAACAUUUUCGUGCGGCACUAUCAGCAGCAAGUGGAUGAGAAGGCGGCCUCAGAUUUCUGGUCCGAUUACCUCCAGAAUACUUCUGCUACACGUUUGACCCUAUUAGAGGGACUGCUAAUGUUGUGA